CUGAGGCAUGAAUUACAGUCAGAUAAACAAUGAAUUGAAACUAUUAGGAGAUACUGGUCACACAAACAUUGCUCAAAUAUUUAUAUUUCUCAGUAGUAGGUGAAUUUAAAGACCACGUAAUGAACUCUGUUUGUUUGACAUGCACAUGUGCAUAAAUCCGUUAUUCACAGUGAUAUUUCGGUUCAAUGUUUCAAUCAGAGCUCCGUUAUGAUCAUCAGUUGGACGCUUCGGGUUGCAUUAAAUGUUUUCGUAUCAUGUAUUUCAUCUGCAGAUGUUCGUCUUGUCAUAAAAACGUCGAAUAUAUUCAUGCAUUCAUUCAUUCAUUUUCAGACUUACGAAGCAGUUGAACAUUUUUAUCACAUGGCAUGGUUCAUGUCCCCUGAUUUGACGAUCUCUGAUAGCCGAUAUGUUCCAUACCAGCUGCCAACAUCACUCUGGAUCACAGCGAUUGUGUGCGCCUGCAUUGGUACUGUCUUGCACGUAGCCUUGAUAUAUAUUCGGAGGUUGCGAGCAGUCUAUCCCCUUAAUGUUUUCAUAAUAUUAAUUGUGGUCAUACUAUGGAUUGUAGUCGCUGUUAUACACUGCUAUCAAAUAAAGUGGAAAUACAACUUACUUAUGUUGUUUUUAACAGCUGUUAUAGGAGUGUUACCAUUGUUUAUCGGACUCAGAUCAAAACGCUUAACAGAUGAAGGAUAUUUCCUCUUCUACUUACUGAGUAUGGCACUCAUUAUCAUUGGAAUUAUGUUCUACUAUUUCAGUCGAUCAAAAGAUUUUCCAUUCAAUGUAUUAUCUGCCAUCUUUCUUUCCACUGGAAUAGCUGUUAUCAUAUUCUAUUCUAUGGUGUGGUUAAAAUAUUCUCAAGAUAAAUUUAUAAAUUCGACUGUGUUCAAAAUUUACAUAAUAUGGCUCGAGUUGUUGGCACUAUUUCUAACAUUUUCUG